ACUGCAGACAUAGUACAGGAGAAGACCAGUGACUGUGGACAAAGUACCGGAGAUGACCAUAGACUGCGGACACAGUACAGGAAUGACCAGAGAUUGCGGACAUAGUACAGGAGUUGACCAGAGAGUGCUGGGACAUAGUACAGGAAAUGCCCAGAGACUUGCAAACAUAGUACAGGAGAUGAACCAGAGACUGCGGACAUAGUACAGGAGAUGAUCAGAGACUACAGACAUGAUACAGGAGAUGACAGAGACUGUGGACAUAGUACAGGAGAUGACCAGAGACUGCGGACAUAGUACAGGAGAUGACCAGAGACUGCGGACAUAGUACAGGAGAUGACCAGAGAGUGCGGACA